GUGUUUCGCGAUCACGCUACCUACACUACCUCGCGGCCCGGUUGCGUUCUGCUUCUGCUUCCGGCUUACACCUUAAGAAGAGUUUCGAUUUUUUCCCCCGUUGGGAGACGAAUGGCUUGAUUGUGUGCCCAUUGCGUCGAAAGCGACUUUUGUUUUUAUCUAAAUCUACCAGACCCCACAGCUACGGUUCGGUGAAUCCAGCCGGCUGCUGUCUGCCGUUCUCGUGGGAUCGAUUUGAAAGCACCUCGUCGAAACCGAACGUAACGGGAUGACUUCAAAGCGAUGACACUGACAUAUGACAGCGGGGCAGAACACGUCUGUCACGUUGCCGAACGGCUCGUGCCAACCCACGGUGGUGGCAGGAUCAAAGGACUGCGCCGUGGAUGCUUUGAUGAAGUGUUCGAGAGCUGCUCAGUUGAAGGACCUUGACUUUCCAAAUGUUUACCUUUUGCGACGUGCGAUCCUUUCCGGACGGACCACGCAUCAUUCGUUCUCCGUUUUCUUGCGUUCCUGCACUCUUCCCCCCCUCUCUUCGCUUCGUCACUUUCGUUCGCUCCUUUCGCUUUUUACCUUUUGCUUUCGUUUUCUAUUAUCAUUCUCUCUCUCUCUCUCUCUCCCUCGGAAAAAGGGGAUCUCGGGUACCCCGGUCAAUAUGGUCGGGCCUCCAGUUGAGCGCUCUCGAACGCAUCAAGGUGGUGUAACUGAAGCAUAGCUGUCCUUGGGGUCGCCCAAUGAGCGAAAAACUGCCUGCAGCAGCAGCAGCAGCAGCAGCAAUCGUUAUCGCACGAACGCUUGCAGCGAACAUCAAUGCGAGCAGCGAUUGGAGUGACAAUGUUGUGCGCCAGAGUUGAGGUCAUGCCCUCCGUCUCUGCUAUCAGAGGCGUGUGUAAUAUGACACGACGCGUGGAACGCGUGGCAACCCCCUUGAAGAAACGAAAUCCAAGCGAACCAAAGAUCAAGGAAAAGAAUAAGUGAGCGGAAACUCGAGAGCAGUAAGCGUAAGCAGUUGAAGGUGAGAUUAGUAUACCUUAGGAGUAAAAAAUAAAAAAAACCAAAACACCACCCCCCCCCCCCCCACUAGUUGGAAGCAGUGUAAGAGCAUCAAUAAAGUUCCCCUUUCGAAUGAAGUAGUUAAAACGUCUGUAGAGAAUUAUAAUUUCAUCCUGAUGGAAACGGAAGUACCGUCGUGCGCUGCGAGGUUCCAAAGUUUGCGAAUUUAUUCCAAACAGGAUUAAAUCUGAUAUAUCAAGCCCAAGUCGAUAAAGAAGGAUAAGCGAGUGAGCUUCUCAUCGGCAACCAGGCAGCAUCAGACGGCUCUAUUGAGUUCAAAUCCAGUACAAGGACAAACCACGGUGUUGUGAUCUCCUGUAGAGGAGAAAAAAAAAACAAUAAAAAUUUGAUUUCGAUCAUUUCCUGUAGAACACCAUUUUAGAUUUUCGUUUCUCUCUUUAUCUCCCCCCCCCCCUCUCUCUCACUCUCUUUUUCUCUUAGUAUCUUAGAAAACCCCCCCUGGUUGAAAUCUUAGUGGUUAAGUCCGUGAAAUCCUAGAUAGAAGGCCGAGUUAGUAGCAAGCCAUAGGCAAAACGUCCCUUUAUCUAGAAGGUCCUAUCCGUGUUGUGUAGUGGCAUUCAGUAAUGGGGCAGGGGCAUCCAAGUCAAUACAGAAAGACAAACGGUAUCGAAAAUGAUAAAGCACUACGGAGAAGAGUGAAGAAGUUUGGCUGCGCACGAACAACACAGAACAGAACUAUUAAUCCCCGAGUAGCAGUGGUUUGUAACGAAAAUGGUAAGCAAGACGCCGGUUGCACAUCGCUGGACCGCAAGUGUGUGUCGUUGUGUGUGAGUGUGCGCGUGUUUGUUUGAGAAAGAUUAGGUAAGCUAGAGACGACAGUCGAUCGAUUAAAAGCUAAAAGCAUCAUACUAACCCUAGCAGAGCAGAGCCCAUAAAUCCCCCCCCAAAAGUGUUGUGAGAGCAGCGAUUGUAGAGAUUGUAUAUCCAGCACUACUAGUGUAGUGGAGCGUAUAAACGACAUAACAACGUGGUCCUGUGUGUCACGGGGACACCGGGAACAACAUCGAAUCUAAGUCAAAUGUGUAAUGGUACCGCUGGAGGCAGAUCCGGGGAGUAUUCCAACUCAAGCGAUCAUAUGGUGGCAUUUUCGAAAUAAUUUGUAACGGUGCAGCACUCCCCACGGAGCGUGGCAAAUAUAAAAGAGAGAGAGAGAGAGAGCAUACGAGACGGUGGCGGGCUGGGCUGCGGUUGAGUGCAGCUAGCAAUUGUGACUAUAAUAGAUAAACCAUGGAACAGUUCAGGGUAGCGGUUAGAGAAGAACCGGUUGCUGCAGCGGAGAAGAACAGCAGCAAGCAAACGGGAGUGUGCGAAAGCUGUGCAACGUCGCGUUGUACAGAAUCUCGUCCUUCACGUAAUUGGCCACCUGGCAUUACAUCACCACGCCACCCUUCCUGCAUCAGCAGCUCUGCCAGGGCCAACCGCUUUUUGGAGAAAGCAGAAAGCGUUAGCUAGAAACCGUAGAUUGAAAGAACCAAUUACUGCAGUGUAAUGAUUGCUCGGAAAUAGAAACCCCCCCCCCCCCCCCCCCCCCGGAGCCUCGGCUGCGGUCGGUUACGGCGUUAUACGGCUAGUGGGUAUACGGUUUGGUACACUGCAAACAAAAUAGACCACUGUCCCGGGGGCGAAUAAUCCGCAAACAUAAACCCGGGCAAACACGCAACACGGCGCUACAAAUCAUGAAACAAUAAUUACCGUCUAGGGAUGCAUUUAGUAGCGGACAGAACGGACAGAGAAGAGAAUGUAACAAAGCGAGCGAGCGAACAGGGCGGGAAACGAACGGUCCACGCAAGCCAGGACGCAAUGAAACGUAGAGCUUUUCCAUUCAUUUGGUUGUUCCUGUGGUAACAGACCCGGCCCGGCGGCCAGAAGGCGGCUCGCCCGGGUCAGAGAGAGAGAGAGAAAACACGAAUGCUGGAAACAACACAAUUACCCCACCAAGUAACGAGUAAGAUCGCGGAUGGAAAGGACGAAGAUGAAGAUGAAGCACGGCAGCAAGAAGACGUGUAGCGUUGUGUAAUCGUUGUGGAAGGAAAGGGGAAACUUUUAUAAAGUUUCGCGUUGGCUUACGGUUUUCCAAUGUGUGACACAUUUGGUGUUUGGUUCUUGCACCACUUGCCAGCACGUGAUUGGUAUGCCAUUCGUUACUAAAUUUCAUCGCUUUAGUGUCGACACUCGAUACAUUCGAACGAACCUCGUUGAUUCGAGGUUCUUUCGUUUCGGUGGAUUUCGUGUUCAACGUAUGGCAACGAACCACUAUGACGAGGAAUUUCAAAAAAAAAAACAUAACCGACUCGAUGGUGUUACUGGAAACGAUACAAUCAAAUGGAAGCGUUAAGUGGGUGGUGGCCGAGACCGGUUCCGGUUUGGAGAAAGUAUAUAAUACAUGUUGAGCGAUAGGAGCUGGCCAGAGGAGAGAGUAUUUAAAACAGAAUAUCCCGGCUCACGAGAGACAUCUUCUUCACUUUAGUAUUUAACGUAGGCUAGAGUCUGUGAGACGCAUCAUUAGGAGUAAGAUGUAACGAUUUGCGAAACCAAGAUAUCAAUGUUAUCUUCUUCUUCUUCCCCGUUUAACCACCAUUGCCACCACGACAACGGCAGAUUGAUUGGCAGACAUUUUUUCUUACAGCAAUAAACGACCCAAAAAAAAAAGUCAGUCAGUGUGCAGUCGAUUUGAUAGAAAUUAGAGAUGAGCAAGAAAAGAAAAGAAUAUUUGUUUUUGAGAAACAACAUUGGAUUGUGGUACAAACGCUCUAGGUUCUAGUUUAUAGAAUCCAAAAAUCAAAAACAAGUCUUAUAUAUUAAUAGCAGGGCAGUAGGGAGUGAGAUAAAGAAAAAACCAGCAGAUUUUCAUGACGUUCUUCGCUAGCGCCAGGCUGCAGCAAAUUGUUGUUAGAGACAGGGACAGAGUUCCCCUCUGAUAGAUCUAGUAUUUUCCUCGUCAUCGUUUACGUCUUUGCAUUUUUCGCAUCGUUCAUAUCGUAGGGGAAUCGAUCCUUUAAUGGAAUGCCACGCAGAUGUAUCACAUAGAAUUAGGCGUAUUUUUGUAAUCAACAUCUGCCGAGUUUUUUAUAUUUCUUACACGGAAUGGAAAAUUGAAAAAUAUUCGAAAACCACAAUCACCGGGGGCCCGCCAGUUUGCGUUGAAUCUGCCAUUGGCUCGUUGCCAGCAGGGACAUUGAGAAGGGAAGGAUCGUAUCAGGACGACUCAGCUUGUGAAAACUGUUGUGAACCAUACCGUAUGCUGCAGUGAUCAUCGUAGUAUAAGAGGAUGAUAUAAAACUCCGGAGAUUCUGCCAUUGACAUAGCGUACCGCUAUGCCGAUAGAAAGCUGGUAUCAGGAGAGACCGAGCGUGGGUUCGACAGAAUAAAUGAAGAAAAAAAAACUCUGUAUAAAGAUAGAUAGACAUAUCAUUUGAACUUGGGCAAAACGAAAGCAAGCGUAGCGAUUAGAACAGUGUCAGCGAUGAGCGCCGAUAGCAAGACCUAGAGAGCGUAACAGUUAAAAUACGGAACCAAACAACCACUACAAAACGAAACGAAACGUAAAAUAAAUCAAACUAAGUGAAACAGUACGAGCGAAAGCACUAGAUCCCUACUUGACACACCAGCAAAGCAAACAGUCAGACCAGCAAUUUCGCACCAGCAACCUAGCACACAAUGAAGAACAGGAUUAAUACCCCAAAAAAUAACCGUACUGGCUCGGUGAACGGGAAAAAGCGCGUAGUUUGAAGGUGGAAACUAUGAGUCUGCCUCAAAAAGAUGCCAACAAACUAAGGGCUUGGAAAGCGCGCUAGAGACAAACGUAAUCAAACGCGUAGUGUGUUGGUGUAGCCGUCGCGGAUGAUAGUACGUAACGAGAAUGAUGUAAUGGAUAUUAGCGUUAGUCCAACUGCAACUGAACGAUAUAAUGCAGGAUGAUGCGGCGGGAGGGAUGGUGAACAGUUGAUAAUAAAUGUUGUAAAAAGUCAUAAAGUCGCAGCUGAUGAAGAAACCACCCCAUUGCGGGAAGGCAAGAAACGAAUACAGAAUUAUAUAACAGUCACGAAACUAUUCUCAAAU